UCCGGUCAGCUGUCAGCUUCACUGUUCGUGUCUUUGAGCCGCAGCUAGAAAAGGUUGUGUUGGUGUUUACUGUCACUGGAGACAUGAACGCGUUGGUGACUAAGUUAGACCACAUCCGGAUCAGUUUAACCUUGAGGCACACUUGGGCACCAGCUACGGCGGCUUCCAAGGUGCAGCUCUCCACACUCCCUCCAGAACCUGUCAUCCCCUCUAAGAAGCCUUUCAAAGUGGAGCUGGUUGGUGGAAAGCGUUACUCAUGGUGCACCUGUGGACACAGUAAGAAACAGCCUUUCUGCGACGGAUCCCACAAGUUCAAAGCCCAAGGCCUGUCCCCGCUGCGCUUUGUCCCAGAAAAAGACACCACAGUUUGGUUGUGUGGAUGCAAAUACACCAACAAUCCACCUUACUGCGACGGCACACACAAGCAGGACUUCAUUGUGUCUGCCACACUACAUGAGGAGACUGACUCUUGAACAAGGAGGAUUAUUGCCAGAUGAUUUAACCUCAUCCUGAUCUGGGAGAAUAAACAGGGCAUCCGUUGUCGAGGCAGAGCAUAAACUUUGCUGCUGUGGUCACAUUGCACUCCAUGAACGCAGCAAAUAUAACAUGAUCGAACACGUCAGGCCACUGUGCUCUGUUUUUAUAUGGUGAAUACAAUGUUGCAUUAACAUUGGGGUUGGUAAUAUGACACUGUGGUGACUGUCCCUUUUAAUAUAUCUAGUUGUCUUCUGGACAUUGUUGCAAAUAAGUAAACAACGCUGGCAGUCGAUAGAAAAAGAUUGUUAAAGAUGGGGUGUAAUAGUAGUCUAGAAUCUAAAGUUCUAGUUUUACUGGAGAAAACUGCCCAUGUUGGAGUUGAACACUGAAUUAUGUGCAUGAAAUGAUGUGUGACUUCAUCCCCUAGAGACUGGGACUGUGUGAUAGUGCGGAGCCUUGUGCUGCUCUCUCCUCAUAAAGCUUAAAAUAUUACAUGAAAUAAAAUGUGAUAGUUUCCUUUGGGAUGUGUUCAUAUGCUUUCCUUCAUGUGAAAUAUUGAUCACUGUAAGCAGCCAAUAAAUGCUUUGUUUUUAAUCUUCA